GCCCCGCGCCAUUCAAUUGUAAGCCUUCGUAGCCGACGCGCGCGCGCAGUGACAAGUUUAAGUUGAAAACAAGUGCCGCCAAGUGAUAAAAAUGGCUUCCAAAAUCGCUCUGCACGUGCUAAAUGUCGUCUUCACGAUAUUCGGACUGAUCCUCUUCAGUGGUUCUAUUGCCUUCUUCUGUUAUAUCAACAUGUUCGUCACGCUUCGGAACAGCAAUCAUUACCUUCUGGACUAUAAUGUGUACUGGCCUCAAGCGGUCCCGUGGAUGUUCUUUGUGACGUCACUGUUUGUGAUCUUCAGUGCAGUCUGCGGAUGUAUCGGGGCCAAGAAAAACAGUAAGUCGAUGGUUACUACUUACGGGAUAUUCGUCUCUGUAGCUACAUCAUUACUGUUGGGCAUGGCUAUAGUUGCCCUAGUUUGCGCUGAUGGUCCUAGAACAGAUAAUUUCAUCAGAGACACAGUCUGGGACGCAUAUUCGCAAAUGAAAGACCAUCCUGAGCUAGAACAGUAUUUUGGAAACGUCGAGAAACGUCUAUAUUGCUGCGGCGCAGACAGCCCAAGAGAUUACGUCAGCUGGAGAAACGAAUUUCCUCAAUCAUGCUGUGACGUCGUCAGGUAUAAUUUCCUAGAUUCCUAUCCCAUUGACUGUAGUACGACGAACAAGCUAGCCAAUGAGAGACACGGAUGUUCAGAAGUCGCGGCACAAUAUGCAAGAAUCGGCAUCAAAGUUUUAUCCGGAGUGUCAAUUUUCACCGCAUUAAUUGGCUUGUUAACGCUCGCCGUUGCUUUUUCAACGUCUAAGAAAAUCAAGAACAGGAGGAGAACACCUCAAGUGAUAGAUGGGAGAGAAUUAGAAACCAAAAAAGUGCUUCUAUAAAGACUCUAAUUAAUUUAGUGUUAAGACUGUGUUUUGCUUGUUUCUAUCCUCACGAAAGCGAGAGGAAGUAACAUUUUCUCUAAGCGAUGACGUAAUAUAUAUUGUAAGACUUGUUAGUCUAGCUUCAUUUGACACUAUUUAUUUGAAUCAUUUAGUUUAAUGGCAUUUAUCAUUAGCACAAAAGCCAAAAAGACCCAACCCAUUUUAUUGUAAACGUAAAUGUAUUGUUAAUUGCUUGAACAUUAUGGUCAAAAACAUCGUCAACGCUUGUAAAAUCAAAUCAAUAAAAUUGUACAAGGAUUACCUAUACCAUGUUACUUGGGUCAGUUUUGUUCUAAAAACUUUAAACUAAAAAUUGUUCAGAGCAAAUAAUUAUAAGUGCAUUUUGUUAUAUACGCAAUUUUAAACUUAUUUGCUGUUUAACUCUUAAAUUGGCAAAGCAAUUGAUGGACUUGUGCCCCUUUGUAUCUCAUAACCUAAAAUUGUUUAGAGCUUAGUAGCAUAAGUGCAUUUUGUUAUACAUUCCAUUAUAUUUCUAAUAGCCUUAAGCGUAAGUCUCAGAAUGGCAUGAACAUUCACGCACGUAUGAGUCACUUUGCGUCUCAUUAAUUUAAAAUUGUUCAGAUCCAAAGUAACUCAAGUGCAUUUGAUUUGUACGUUCCAUUAUAAUCUUAACUGCUGUUAUCUUAGGCUUUAAAAUGACAUUAACAUUUAUGUUCAUAAAAGUCAUUUUGGUUUUCACUAAGUACAAACUUUAAAAUCAAAGUAACUCAAGUGCAAUCUGUUGUACAUUCCAUUUUAAUCCUAACUGCUGUAAUCUUAUAGUCUAAAAUGUAAUCGACAAUCAAGUACGUAUGAGUCACUUUGGUUCUCACUAAGUAAUAUUUGUCCCAGAAUCAAAGUAACUCAAGUGCGAUCUGUUGUACAUUCCAUUAUAGUCCUAACUGCUUUAAUCUUACAGUCUACAAUGUUAUUGACAAUCACAUACGUAUGAGUCACUUUGGUUCUCGUAUUGUAAAAGCUGAUCAAAAUCAAAAUAACCC